GUCUGCUACAUUUACGUUCGACAUUUACCCGAAAAUAAAAAAAACUUUCAAAUGAAAAUGAUCGUCGUCUUUUCCGCCCUUUUGGUCCUGUGCUUAGCAGCCCCUCAAAGACUUGGCGACAAAAUCGAUGGAAAUAUGUUCGCCUACGAGGCGAAGAACGGUAUUUCCAAGAAGAAAGAUGAAGCACUGCAAAGCGUGGGUAACCAAAAUAAUUACUUAUAUACUGACGCAGACGGAGUCGUCUACACAGUGCAGUACGUCCCAGACGCGGACGGCUUCAAACCGAGGGGAGUUCAUUCACCAAAACAGGGCAAAUAAGUUGAAAUUUUAGUUAGGAAACCCAUAAGGGCGAUAUCAUAAUGACCGCAAACAUUAUUUGCACAGUCUUUCCUCUUCUCUUUCUUCAUACGUUUAAGAAACAGUUGAGCACGACUACUAUGAACACUCACCCAUUACCGGCGAUCGUCGAGGCUGUGGCUCAGUAUUUAAAUGGUCCGUCGGAUGGUCUCAAAGGGCCUUGGCGUAUCAGAGCGUCCUACCUAAUCACGACUAUUUUGUUACAUUAAAAUACUGUUGCCUAUUUAUACAUUUGUGGGUAUAUACAGUUUUUAUAUACGAUGACGAAAUGAAACUUAUUUUUCAUAGUGAUCAUUCAUUUGAUUUCAAAAUGUAGGGAGUUAUGCUUAAAGCAAAUGCUCGCCCGACUGCAAGGAUUAAUGUUUGACGUACCACGGCCCAUUCGAUCUAAAGAUUAGCUCUGUGUAAACUUGAAAUUGUAAUUUCUAGCAAUGUUUUCUCAAAAUUUUUUAAAUUUAACGCGUGCUAGUAGAUGAAACUUGUUUCUUGUGCUAGUGAAACGUCACCAGCCAACGAUAAAGUUAAAGCUGCUUUGUUAACUGAUAUAUUUACUUUUCCAGUAUUCCACAUAUCCAAAAACCAUGUCCGUUUUCUUUUUAUUGCGUUAGGUGUCAAAAUAACAGCACCCAAACGCUAAUUCGUAUAUAAAUGAUGCAUUAAUCUUGUUUCGAGUGGGGCAGAUCAAUGUAGCGGUAGGUGACGGCUUAUACCAUUAUUUUCUCUACUGUAAAUGCCCCCAAAAUUCAACAAGCAAAUCUAUCAUAGACACCAGACACAUUAUACACGCAACGAACUCUGCAAAAAUAAAUAACGUUUGGCACAACUGUUUAAUCUCGAGUUUUAUUGUUCCUUUAGUUGGUGUGUCGUAAUAGGUCAUGUUAAUAAAUCGUUUAUUGUGCAACUAUAGUGUGUCUAUUAAGAUGACAUUUUGGACCAAAGUUUAAAGUUUGUGGCUGGUAUUCGCUUAGGUGCGAGUUGCAUCAGCGGUAUCUCCUUUCUCUGGCAAUUAAGCCGAAACUUGUGGCUGCUGCAAUAACGUCAGUCGAUUGCGGAACGAUACUAAUGAGCUGCGAAUCUAAAUUGCAAACUUAGAAAUAAAAAUCAGCCGCCUUAAACUCCCACGCACAUUCAUUUGACCCCCUAAGAAUUUAUUGUAACUUCGGUUAUCGCACUCAUAACUUUAAUUCCCAAGCGCAAUUUUCGUGGAAGUUUCACCAAGCGAUAUUUAUCAAGGGCAACCUCGCAUUUUUGUGGUGUUUGCAAUUAGUUGUUUUUAAGUCCUAAUAAACAGUUUGAUUUAUGCUGCACUUGCUAAACAUCCCUUGAUAUUUACCACUAAAAGCAGUCCUAAAAAUCAACCUUGUUCUCUUUCUUUUAUUUUGCAAUCACUUUGUUAUGUAUUUUUAUUUCGGGGUUUGAAAUAAGCCCAAAUGAUGGCUUAAAUUUUUGUACUACUGUUUGUCUAACAUUGUCGUCCAUAUUUCGGCAAUAGGUAUAUUUUAUAUUGUAUUAUACCGCAAGAUAAAAAUUGCUAGUUUUAACGUUUAUACAGUUACUAGUAAACAUUUUAAAUACCUAAGGCGCCAUCUCCUGGCAGGGCGAUGAAAACAGCGCUAAUUUCACCGCGCCUUUUAAACAGUGGACUUUUGAAUGUAUUUAUGUAUUUUAUUUCUUUUUUUAUAAAAAUCUAAAACUCAAAAGGUAAAACUCACCUUUUCCGAUGGGGUGCAUAGCAGUACUCUCGUUUAUACCCCCGGUAGACUCAAUUGCCUACGUUGCCAUCUCUUCAAAGGCGACUGCACUAUUUCACGCUGUACGGCAUUUUACAGCAAUUUAAUACUUGUUCGAAAACAAACAAUUUCCUGGGCAAAGAAAAUAGAAAUGCUAAAAUUAAAAUCGACUAUUUAAAUUUUACUGUGAUCUAUUAGAAUCAAGUAAAGUAAGUAAUUAUUUUGCUAAAAAUGAUGAGCAAAAUCAUGUUUGUCCCGAUUAUCUGACAUACGCUUUACCAAAAAAUAACACUAAUAAUCGAUUAAUGCGACUUUUUUAUACCGUCACAGCAUUUAGUAUUUUUAAUAAUUGCAGUGCAUAAAUAAAAAUUGGUGACUGUCGUUUAACUGUCAUGGAACCGACCGUCCUAUAAACUUCAUUUUUUUACUCCCGCCUAUCAA